UACGUACACUGAUUUGAGGAUAUGCGAAAGGAUCGAGCGACAUACUUAAUAACGUAUUAUACAUUAACGAUAACAUGCCCUAUAUACAUGCAAUAUAUUUCUAAGAGAUAAAAUCAACGAAGAGAAUGAAAAAACGAACGAGCCAUCACCGCGAUAUUAUGAUAGUUUAACGAAUGAACGCUCAAAUCCGACAUCGCCACAAGGGUGACAGUAUCACCGCGUUCUGACAGCGGCCAUUAACCAAUGUCAAUCACGUGCAAAGUGACCCCCUUAAACGCAUCGCGUAACGCCGAUUUUUCUACCGGAUUCAUUUCGUUAUCAGUGCGACGAAAUAGCCUCGUUGCAGUAUCAAAAUUUCUACCAAGUGUUAGUUUUUUUUUUCUUUCUUACCUUCGAAUGCGAGCGUCGUUUUUUGCCGUUUCUUAGUUCACCACGUUGGUAGGGCUGAAUACAAACAGAAUCGAGAAACAGAGGGUAGCUGCGUUACGAAAUUCGUACGACCUCGACGUUGUGAAAAUGAGUAAUUACUUCAAAGAACGUAUGGGAGCUAUUCAACUGCAAAAUGACCAAAUUACACAAAGAAGGACUCUUGAAACGGAAAUUCAUUCGCUCGAAGAGAAUCUGAAGAGUAUCGAAAGUCAAAACGAGUCUUUGCGAGCCACUUAUGAAUCGUAUCUAGAAAAAUUCGCGUUUAUCCGAGUCGAUCUCGAGGUUUCGAAAGAAACGUACGAGUUCACCAAAACUGUGCUCGAAAAAAGACGGGCGAUCCUCGUGGAAGAAAAAAAAAAACUGGAUGAAUUGCAUUGGAAAGUCUGGGAAGAACAGAGCAGAUCGUGCGACGAAGUCAGGAAAUGCGUUGCCGCGAACAAUAGCGUAGAAUUUCUGAACGAGUAUCCGCGCAUCUUGGAUAAAGGGCGGUACCGUUUCAUGGCUGCGCAGGAAUCGGACGAAGACGUGGAAAAGGCGGUCGCCGAACAUCCGGAGGCUAAGCGACUUGCGGACGAAAUGGCAGUGCUCGAUUUGGAGAUUGAAAAACUUGACUCUGAGAACAGCUGCUUGGCUGAAAAAUUGCAAAAAAUUUCAAUGGAACUAGACAAAUUGAACAGCGAUGACUUUAGCAAUAGCGAGGAGAUUCAAAGACUAAUCGAAGCUCUGGAAAGUUCUCAUCGCGAUCGAAUGGCUUUGGAAGCUGAGAUAAAAGAAAUAGAAGAUCAAAUCAGCCAAGCCGAUGAUCGGCCAUUCCUUAAAGUAGAGUAUCCGGUAAAAAUUGAUAAAGAAACGGGUCGAAUAUCGUGCCCGAAGGAAACCUUUAUUAAGCCGGAGUCUGACGUAAUCAUUGGCGAAUUAACCGAGGAAAAUCCGGCAGCAAUUGAAAUAGAAACAGCGGCCACUCGCGACGACUCGAAAGUGUUGAAGAAGGAAAUUCAAAAGUUGAAGGCCAAAAAGUGGUAUGAGGAAUACAUGCGAAGUCUUCCGCCAACGGAAGAUCAAAAUGAAAUCGAAUCCAAGCCAAAUUUAUCGAACAUCGUCGGAUCGAAUGUGUCACGUAAAGGUGAUACAACCGAAACAAAAAACCCGGAACAGAACUGCGGGUUUUUCUCAUCUCAAAACAAAGAGUUUCUAGAGCUCCACAAUCCGCCGGAAUUUUUCUGCGAAGAAGACGACGAUCGAUCUGUCUCCGAUUGCCCUAAAGUAGCAAGGAGAAGGUGUCCGCCAAGAAGUGCAAAAAAAUUAAAUAAAUCUCCAAGGUUAUCUCAGUCCGUGAAAUCGCGAUUCUUUGAGAAAAAAAAGAAGAAUGUAGUCGCGACAGGCCUGGAGAAGGAGGAUCGCACUCCGAAAAUUGAAGUCACGUCGGACCGAAAACUCCAACUGUUGGAAACUCCAGCACCAAAGCGAAAUUUCAUGCCUAUUGUGGCGACGCCAGGUAGUUUUUUCAUUCCUCAACAUGAAACGGCAAAUGAUGGUGGCGUCGUUCAACGAAAUUACUGCGAGAAAAAGAGCGGUCCUUCGACGUUUGCGGUGAAUGACGUACGACCGGUUGAAAAGAAGAAAGUAAGGUUCACUCCGAAAAGACCGAGCAAUAUCGAGCAAAAGGCGGGAUAUCGUCAGACGAAAUUGGACGAUUUCCACAGUUUCAUGUUACCGGACUAUCGGCCUAACAUGUACUGAAAGGAAAUCGGGAUCGGGGUUGGUAUUUUUAGUGUGAUUAAUUGAAAGUAUAACAAUCGAGUCAUCACAUUACUAAUGAUAUAUUAUUACAUAGCACAAAUCCAUUAUGGAUGGUUACAAACUUGUAGAUUAUUAAGAAAU